AUGGCUACAGCUGCUUCAACUGUGCAGGAUUUGCAGACUGAAGCCCAAAUGCUGGAGGAGUCCCCAAUCCGGAGGGAGUUGUCUCUUGGGGAAGGGCUGGAGAAGCAUCCUCUGGAGAACAGGUGGGCCUUAUGGUUCUUCAAGAACGACAGGAACAGGGCUUGGCAGGACAACCUUCACCUGGUCACCAAGUUUGAUACUGUGGAGGACUUCUGGGCGCUCUACAGCCACAUCCAACUGGCCAGCAAACUGUCUUCGGGCUGUGAUUAUGCCCUGUUCAAGGAUGGCAUUGAACCUAUGUGGGAAGAUAACAGGAACAAGCAUGGUGGCCGCUGGCUGGUCAGCCUGGCCAAGCAACAGCGUCAAAACAACCUUGACCGGCUCUGGCUAGAGACACUUCUUUGUCUGGUUGGAGAGGCCUUUGAGGAGUACAGUGCGGAGGUGUGUGGGGCUGUGGUCAAUGUGCGCACCAAGGGGGACAAGAUAGCCAUCUGGACCGGUGAGGCUGAGAACCAGCCAGCUGUCACCUUUAUUGGACGGGUCUUCAAGGAGAGGCUGGGGCUCUCACCGAAGGUUGUCAUUGGCUACCAGGCCCAUGCAGACACAGCCACCAAGAGCAACUCUUUGGCCAAGAACAGAUUUGUGGUGUGA